UACGGACUAAAUACAGAUACGUCAUAUAUGAUCAUUAAACAGUAUAGCUAUUGGUGGGUAACUAACAGGAAACAGGAAAUCCGAUAGCAGAUGACAGUUGGGCAGUAAAUUACUACCUACCUAUUGUGUUACCUGCAGUUAUAGGUGACAGGUGAAUUCAUUCGUGCGUUGACUCUUGAGUGCUUGGAUGUGUAAUGCUCAUGUAUAGAAUAUUAGUUUUUGAAUUUAUUCAUAGUACGUGUUCUACUAGUUCGGUGCAUAUGCUUGAUGUUUCAUACCGCGUACGACUACGUUUCGAGUGUCUUAUAAAAUUAUAAUUAUUACUUUCAAAAUCAACUAAAUUACUCAUUAUAUUAUAAUAGAAUUAUUGUUUAUACAUUAUUUCGUCCGUGAUGGACGAAGAUAUACGAUAUCAACGCCUUCCCCAAUCGUUCUCAGUUAGGGAACUCGGGUCUUCCGAGGCCAGGGGCUUAUGGGGUAUCAAACACACGCGGAAACCAGUCGAUUUGAUGGUAGCAAAAGCUAAAAGUUCGUCAACACCCUUACAGCCACAAGUCGAACUACGAAUCACCGAAGACGGAUGUGAAAUAAUCGGGGACAAAUUUAAAAAAGUUUUUCCCAUUCACACAGUUUCUUAUGGGGUUCAAGAUUUGGUUUACACAAGAGUUUUCUGCAUGAUAGUUGUUAAAGAACAAAUUACCACUGACAGAAAACCAUUCGAUUGUGUGGCAUUUGUCUGUGAGAGUCGUCAAGCUGCGAGAAAUUUGACUUAUACAUUAGCUACAGCGUUUCAAGCCUAUAGCAGAAAAGUACGUAGUACUGGAACAUCUAAAUCACGCUUUGCCAUUGAUUUAAGAACUGCUGACGAACUAGAAAUGGAUCUUAGAAAAKUUGACUCUGAGGCUUAAUAUUGUCAUAUUUACCGGUUUAUUUUAGGCUUAAGUGAUUAUAAUAUAAUCAUGUUAAAACUAUAGAUGCUUUUAAAUUAUGGAUUGUAUAAAUUAUAAUAUUAUUUAAUAUUUUAAAUAAAAAUGCUU